UUCACCAAAGUAUUCCCAGCGAUGCGCAUUGGUAUCCAUUACAAAACCUCGCUGUAUUUGGUGCGAGUCGCAGGUAUAUAAGAAGGGUAAAUACGCGAACCCCACAGCGGCGACUCGGUUCUCAUUUCGGGUUUCACGGAAGCUCCAAGUGAAAAAACACAACAAUGGCCCUUGCUGGUGUUCUGAACGAAGCUGACAUUACUGCAGCCAUCAAGGACUGCCAAGCCGCUGACUCCUUCAACUACAAGACCUUCUUUGCCAAGGUUGGACUGGCCAGCAAGUCCUCCGACGAUGUCAAGAAGGCUUUCGCCAUCAUUGACCAGGAUAACAGCGGCUUCAUUGAGGAGGACGAACUGAAGCUGUUCCUGCAGAACUUCUCUGCUGGGGCUCGUGUCCUGACAGACGGUGAGACGAAGACCUUCCUGGCCGCAGGAGACAGUGACGGUGAUGGCAAAAUUGGUGUGGACGAGUUCGCUGCUCUUGUGAAGGCAUAAUUACCAUCUGACCAAGAUUCAACAUCUUUUCAUGGAAAAACAACUCCUAACAGAACUACUUAACACUCUCAGAUGACCAGUACACAUUUUUAUAUUGCUUUUCAGUGGCAUACUGUAUUUCACCUGAGCGCUGUGUCCUUUAGUUGUAUUGUUCAUGUUGUUUGGAUGUGCUUGAUGUUCUUAACAGGAUGUGUGCAAGAUCAAAAUCUUUUGUGCACUUUUGAGAAAGGGUGGAAAAUCAAAGGAAUAAAUAUUCUUUUGGAAUAAGCCAUCAUAAA